AUGGCGUUGAACCUUGAAAAACAGCUCCUCUUCGUCAACGUGGGAAUUCACAUUACAUGCGUACCGAUCCUCCUGUUCACAGGUAUCGCUUUGGCAUCGAAUUCCCCCGUCCUAUUCAACCUUCCUGAUGCCCUGACCUUCGAAAACCUCCCUGCCAACAUGGGUACCAUCGGGGCCUUGGUCUAUGCGACGUUCUAUAUCCUUCUCGAGCCGGUCGCCGGGGCUCUGAUCGCGCCGCUGCUGAUCGCGGGCGCAGCCUACGCAAACCACCUCCUCGCUGUCUACGGCACGGACGUGAACUACUGGUUCGGGGGCAUCCAUGUGGUCUCCUGGCUGGCGCAGUUCGUGGGACACGGCGCGUUCGAGGGGCGCGCACCGGCGCUGCUGGAUAACCUGGUGCAGGCGUUACUCCUCGCGCCUCUGUUUGUCUGGAUGGAGAUACUGUUCUUCUUCGGGUACCGGCCGGAGUUGAAGAAGCGGUUUGACGAGAGUGUGAAAAGGGAGAUUGCUGCGUUCCGCGCGCAGAAGGAGAAGAAGGCUGCGAAGUAG